AUGUCAAAGGAUCCAGAAUGGUAUAUCGCCUUAGGUUUGGCGAGAGGUCAACUAGAAUAUACUAUAAAUGAGCUCGACAAAUCAGUGCCGGCGAAACUAAAGGAGAAUUUGCAGAAUAUCACAAGGAGAAUGGACCGCAUUCGAAACAACACUGAUUUCAAAACAUUAAUAUAUCGUAGCAAGGACUAUGAAUACGUAAUCAAAGCAAUUUUCGAAAAUAUGGAAGUAUUUUCUUUGCUCCUAGAGCCACUUACAAUCGGCACAAUGGGCACACAGAAACCCUUUCGCUUCAGCUUUGAACAAUAUGUACAGGAAGCCAAAACGAAGAUGCCUUCCAGAAAAGCAGCAGAUGCGUGCAUGAUGCAACUGCUUAUAUCUGCGAUGGAAACUCAGACAACACAGAGUGAUGGUACCUGUGAGCUUACUCCAGAAUGUCAAACACAGCUGAUACAAGGGUCUGGCCUUGCCUUUCAACAGACCAGUCGACUGCGCGCUAUGAUUUUGGCGCGUAUUUUCGACUGCAUGGAAGGAGUAGAUCUUUCCGCAAAUAUUUAUAAGCUUUGCAUACAGAUUUACAAAGAAACGAAAUCUUUAGAGGCCUGGGAUCAUCCAGCUGGCACCAGGACAUUAUUUAUGCAACAAAUAUACUUUUGCGCUUCACAAGGCUAUGGUGAAUUCAUCAAGCCACGAUGGAUGAAUAAGAUACUGUCAUGGCAGGAGCCCAAGGGUUGCUAUGCCGAUGAUCGCCAACCAUUUCUAAGACUUACGGGUUUCGUUGGACCCGCAGCAAAUCCACCACCAAAAGAUAGAGAGGAAGAUUAUCGUGUGAAGAAAGCGGCUUCAUUUGAGGGUGGAAGUUGUAAUUCCUUAACAUCUGCCAUGGCUUUGGGUUCUCUUGCAAUGUACGUGCGAGCACUAUUGGAAACUGAUCAAGCGUUUCAAUAUGACGUUCUUAUA